AAUGUUCGAUGGGAAUGUUUGUGCUGUCGUUUUAAUAAUGCCUCACUAGUCUGUUUCCCGUGCCUUCCAGAGCGCUGACAUUGACAAGCAAUGACAGGCUGCCUUUAAUCGCCGAUCCUUGAGCCUUGUGGCGGUGUGACGUUGAUGCUGGAAGCACUGGUUUGGAAUUACUGGAUACCCAUGGAAGACGCUAUGGACAAAUUCGAUGACAUGGCUUCUGUGAGCGACUUUGAUCCGAUCCAGGGCAGCAUCCCGGCGACUAAAGUGGAGAUUACCGUGUCCUGCAGGAAUCUACUGGAUAAAGAUACAUUCUCAAAAUCUGACCCAUUAUGUGUUCUGUAUGUGCAAGGGAUUGAGACCAUACAGUGGAGGGAGUUUGGAAGAACAGAAGUGAUCGACAAUACCUUAAACCCUGACUUUGUACGGAAGUUCAUCCUAGAUUACUUUUUUGAAGAGCGGCAAAAUCUCCGAUUUGAUUUGUACGACGUCGAUUCAAAAAGCCUGGACUUAUCUAAACAUGAUUUUCUGGGUCAGAUGUUCUGCACCUUGGGGGAAAUUGUAGGCUCACCAGGGAGUCGACUGGAGAAACCAUUAACUGGAAUCCCAGGAAAGAAAUGUGGAGCAAUUAUUCUCUCAGCUGAAGAACUUGGCAAUUGUCGGGAUGUUACAACAAUGCAAUUCUGUGCCAAUAAACUGGACAAGAAAGAUUUUUUUGGAAAGUCAGAUCCUUUCAUGGUCUUUUAUCGAAGCAAUGAAGAUGGAACCUUCACAAUUUGCCAUAAAACGGAGGUGGUGAAAAAUACACUGAAUCCUGUGUGGCAGCAGUUUUGCAUUCCUGUGCGGGCUCUCUGCAACGGUGACUACGAUAGAACAAUCAAGGUAGAGGUCUAUGACUGGGACAGGGAUGGCAGCCAUGACUUCAUUGGUGAAUUUACAACAAGCUUUCGGGAACUUGCUAGAGGACAGAGCCAAUUCAAUGUUUAUGAGGCAGCGACUCCAAUGGGACUUGUCAAAAGUAGCAAGACUGGGUCACUCAAUCAAUUUAAGGUAAUAAAUCCAAAAAAGAAAAUAAAGAAGAAGAAGUAUGUCCAUUCAGGAACUGUUACACUGCUGUCCUUUACAGUUGAAUCUGAGCAUACAUUUCUCGAUUAUAUUAAAGGCGGAACACAGAUAAAUUUUACGGUGGCUAUUGAUUUUACAGCUUCUAAUGGAAACCCAUCUCAAUCCACAUCGCUGCACUACAUGAAUCCUUACCAGAUGAAUGCCUAUGCAAUGGCUUUGAAAGCAGUGGGCGAGAUUAUUCAGGACUAUGACAGUGACAAGAUGUUCCCAGCAUUGGGGUUUGGUGCUAAACUGCCCCCAGAUGGAAGAGUUUCUCAUGAGUUUGCUUUGAAUGGCAACCCAGAGAACCCAUAUUGUAACGGUAUUGAAGGAAUUCUGGAAGCAUAUCAUAGGAGCCUCAAGACAGUCCAGCUUUAUGGACCAACGAACUUUGCACCCGUGAUUAAUCAUGUAGCACGAUAUGCAGCAGCAGUACAGGAUGGUUCACAGUACUUUGUUCUACUCAUUAUAACAGAUGGGGUUAUCUCGGACAUGGCACAGACUAAAGAAGCUAUUGUUAACGCUGCUAAACUUCCUAUGUCCAUUAUAAUUGUUGGAGUUGGACAGGCAGAAUUCGAUGCUAUGGUGGAAUUGGAUGGAGAUGAUAUCAGAAUAUCUUCACGGGGGAAACUCGCAGAGAGAGAUAUUGUACAGUUUGUGCCGUUUCGAGAUUACAUUGACCGCACAGGAAAUCAUGUGCUUAGCAUGGCACGACUGGCUAAGGACGUUCUAGCUGAGAUCCCAGACCAAUUUAUUUCCUACAUGAAAACUCGAGGCAUCAAGCCCAAUCCUGCACCACCUCCAUACACACCUACUGGCCUUGGUCUUCAUACACAGAUCUGACAGACCCCAUUUCCAGGAUAUUUAGACUUGCCAAGAGUGGCUUGUGAUGUUUAAUAUGUUGGCUACUCUUCUGCUGUAGUCAGAUGCCACGAAAAGAGAACCUCUUGCGAUGUUUCAUGUACUCAAUUGUAUGAUUUGUUCUACAAAUGCAGUAAGUGUUGAAUGACUGAGGUUAACCAAAAUAAAGGACCCUUUCUAUAGUCAUUGAGGAAGACCGACUAAUAAAGAAAGUUGCCAGGCACUCUGAAUUGGUUGUAAAGACUUGUACUGGAUUUUCAGAAAUGAAGGUUUAUAAAUCCACUCAAGGAGUGAAGCCAACUAAUGGAUGUGAAAUACAGUGAGUAAAAAAAUGCAGAAAAAAAUUGAGGAUUUGCAAGUGGUUUACUUACUGAGUAUUUUAAUGACAUAGGUACUGUUUGAAAAUUGUCUGUUUUGUCUUUUGAAGUUUACGAAUUGAUUCUUUCUACAAUCUAACUGGUUUAUAUAAUGCUAAAGCUCUUUUAGCCAAUUGUUUGGAAAAUCAAUGGGAACUUGUCAUGCAUCAUUGUUUGCCGCAUCUACUGUUGCUUUUGUUUUGCAGAUUGCGUGAUUUGUUUGGAAGCUCCUUUAGACCAAAUCAGUUCAAUUUUAAAGCUGUUAUGUACGGCUUACUGUGAAUCCUGUGAUCUGAGUGGAGCCAGUCCAUAAAAUGUGGUAGAUGUGAGAAUGAAGAUGAUAAUUAGAAAGAACAGAAAAGCAGUCUUUUCCACAAAGGGCAGAGCUUUCAACUUCCCUAGUGAGGAGGAGAGAUAUGAAAAAACUAUUCUGAAUUGGCCACCUGCUGAUUUUCCAGGAAAACUGGGACUAAUGCAAAGCUGGCAGCUAUCCAUUUUACACUCCUUGCCAAGCUUCUCAGUUCUGCCCCAAAGUAUUUAACUUUUCAUUUUGUUCCCGAUUGAUCAUAGUCAAGUCUUUUUUUCCUAAAUCAGCAACUUUAUUUUAAUGAUGAGUUCUAAACCAAGUACAUUAAUUCCAGCUCUCCAUUCUGGUCCUCAUUUUUUACAUUAAAACUAUAUCAUACUAUAAUAGAGACAAUCAAUGAUUGGAUUAUGACAAAUGUUUUGUAUGUAGACUUGCUUCAAAGCACAAUAUGAGAAAUAUAGUAGUAUUAUUACACUACCAUGGCUGCUGUUGAGGUAGUAGAGAUUUAUAAUCACAUUUCAUAUUAUUUGCAUGAAUUCUGCUUGGUUCCUCGUGUAAUUUUGGAUCUUCUUUGCAUCUCACUGUCAGGCCUCUACAUAAUAUUUUCCAUAAAAUUCCACAGGCUCAUGAGCAGCAGUGAUGGCUACACAAUUUUGGUUUUCAACUUUGAAUCAAUUCGUAAUAUGACUUUUUGCAGGAUAUGAAUGAUAAUAAUUUCAUCUCUAGUGCUCUUUAUGUCCUGGUUUUUGAAGUAUCAAAGAUAAGCUAUUUUCCAUAUUAUUUCCUAAAUUAGAUACUCUAUGCUCUAGAAUGACUUGCUGUGGAGAGACACCGCACACCAUCACUACACAUCACCUAUUGUCACUUCAUGUACAUACAAUCAGUCUAUGUAUAUAACAGUUACUUGUAUUUUGUAUUGGUACAUUGUAUUUUGUAGAACUGAUUUUAUAUUUAUAUUUGUUGUGUUUUUAUUAAGUUCUUAAUGCUUAUUAUGUUUUUUAUGCUGCAUUGGAUCCAGAGUGACAAUCAUUUCAUUUUCCUUUACAUUUGUACACUGAAGGAUGACAAAAAACAAUCUUGAAUCUUAAUAACAAUGUCUGACCUGCUUAAUAUAACUCAACACUUAACAUACAACAAAAAUAAUUUCAAUUUUCCAAUCUUUAACAAUACAUAAGUAACAAGUUUUUACCUUGUACUAUGAAUAACAUCAAAACUUUUAA